UAUAAUUCACUUUAACUGGAAAGACAUGGAAGUAAAGCAAGAAGUGCUAAUAUUUGGGGAAAUUUUUCAUGCAACAAAACAACUUGAAAUUAUGAAAGACAGUUAUGAAUUUAAGAUGUUCGAUUCUACAAGAAAAGAUUUUCUUGUAGAAGCCACGACAAAAUAUGAAAAUGUUGUUGCCAUCUUGUUGGCUCUUGGUGCUGAACAGAUCGUAGGGAAAUUUGAUGCGGAAGUGUUGGAUGCAUUGUCACCAGCUGUUAAUGUUAUAAUGGUAAUCGGCGAUUCUUCAAAUCUUGUUGAUAUCAAGGCAGCCACAGAUAACGGUGUAUUUGUUGCUGAUACCUCCAAUAAGCUUCAAAUGAAUGAUGAUGAGAAAGAGGCCGCAGCGUUAGAUAAUUUAGAAUUCGCGUUAAUCACGGGCGUCCCCAAAGAUCCUGUGAAUAAAAUCGAGGAGGUAGCAGAGAUGGCAGCCGAAAAAACAAUUGAGUACAUAAAAAAUAAUGAAAAAAUUGAGGGACUUGACAUAACGGAUAUUCAUAUAAAUUACUAA